AUGGCUCUCAGCAAAUUUUUGAACAUCUUGCUAUUUUUAGUAAUUUUUGUUAUCCCUUCUUCAUAUUCAUUGAACUUUAACCUCACCAAUAUCAAUCCAUCUGAUGUUAAUCGUUCGAUCAAUGUCACUGGAGACGCCUAUAUAUCGAACCAGGGGAUACAAGUCACGCCUGAUGAACGUAACAUUGCGUUAGGUGGAAAAACAGGACGUGCCAUGUACGUUGAGUCACUGCAAUUAUGGGACAAGGCUACAGGGAAAUUGACAGAUUUUACUACACAUUUCUCUUUUGUUAUUGAUUCAAAUGGUAACAAUCGCUUUGCUGAUGGACUAGCCUUUUUCUUAGUUCCUGUUGGUUCGAGUAUUCCAGUUGGUUCAUCUGGCAGUGGCUUUGGUCUUGUUGAUGCUGAGACAGAAAACAAGUCAUCAUAUGAGUCAUUUGUUGCUAUCGAGUUCGAUACAUAUAUGAAUACCUGGGACCCCUCAUACAUACAUGUAGGUAUCAAUAUAAAUUCUAUGGAAUCUGUUGCUACUAAAUUAUGGAAGAAUGACAUUAAACUUGGGAUGAAAAAUGAUGCUUGGAUUAGUUACAAUGCUAGUUCUAAGGCUCUUGAAGUUGUUUUCACAGGAUUUGACAAAAAAUAUAAUCGAGACAAAUUAAGCUACACGAUUGAUCUGAGGCAUUAUUUGCCUGAGAAUGUUAGUUUUGGCUUUUCAGCAUCAACUGGACAAUUGUUUCAGAAAAACAAUGUCAAGUCUUGGGAUUUCAAUUCAAGUUUGAGUUUUGAUGCUAACAAAGUUCCAGAACAUGUCGAACAUCCUAGUGCAAGUCCUCCCAUUCAACCUAAAAAUCCAAAUGAUCCUCCGAUUACUCAAGUUAAAGAACCAAAGGGUCCUCCUCAAGAAGUACUCAGCACCACGAGAAAAGGAAACAAGGGACUAGUAGUCGGAUCAAGCAUAGGCUUACCUAUUCUUAUUCUUGGGUUGAUAACUGCCAGCUGCUUUUUAUGGAAGAAAAAGAGGAAAGGAGAUAAUAAAGACCCUGUCUUCAUUGAUCUAGAUAUGGAUGAUGAAUUUGAAAAGGGUACCGGUCCUAAGAAGUUCUCAUAUGGUGAAUUAGCUCGUGCAACGAACAACUUUGCUGAGGGACAGAAGCUUGGAGAAGGAGGAUUUGGUGAUGUUUAUAAAGGCUUAUUGAAGGAAUUUAACUCAUAUAUUGCUGUUAAGAGAUUAUCAAAAGGGUCUAAACAAGGGAUAAAGGAGUAUGCAUCAGAAGUGAAGAUCAUCAGUAGAUUAAGGCAUAGAAAUUUGGUUCAACUUUUCGGUUGGUGCCACGAGAAAGAGAAGCUGCAUCUUGUUUAUGAAUUGAUGCCCAAUGAAAGCCUAGAUAAACAUCUUUUCAAAGAAAAGUCAUUGUUGGUCUGGGAAAUCAGGUGGAAAAUUGCUCAAGGAAUUGCCUCGGCUUUGCUCUAUCUACACGAAGAGUGGGAACAAUGUGUAGUCCAUAGGGACAUAAAAGCAAGUAAUGUCAUGUUGGAUUCAAACUUCAAUGCUAAAUUAGGUGAUUUUGGGUUGGCUAGGCUUGUUGACCAUGACAAAGGAUCUCAAACAACAAUGUUAGCAGGGACCGUGGGGUAUAUGGCACCGGAAUGUGUUAUGAAUGGAAAAGCUAGCAAGGAGUCAGAUGUAUACAGCUUUGGAAUAGUAGCAUUGGAAAUAGCUAGUGGAAGAAGAUCAAUAGAUAUCAAAGCACCAGAAGAUCAAGUGAGAUUGGUAGAAUGGGUGUGGAGCCACUAUGGAGCGCGAAACCUAGUUGAAGCAACUGAUCCAAGAUUGAAUAAGAUGUUUAAUGAGAAAGAAAUGGAACGUUUAAUGGUCGUUGGUCUAUGGUGUGCUCAUCCAGACAACAAACUCAGGCCAUCAAUAAGGCAAGCAAUCCAUGUUCUAAAUUCUGAAGCUCAAUUACCAAUUCUUCCAUCAAGAAUGCCAGUUGCAACGUAUUCACCCCCUCCAUUGAAUAUGUUUUCGUCUCCAUUUUCAAAUACCUAUGAAGUUAGUAAAACAGUGGGUAGCGAGCAGGAGCAGACUAUGACUUACACAAUUUCCUCAAGUGUUUAUUCAUCAUCAGCUGCUUCAUCGACAAAAUCACUUUUGUAA